UUCCUAUCCCAUUUGGGUGGUUCGUCUCCAGAUUUCGUUAUUCACAGUUUUAGUAUCAUCGAAGACUUGGCUUACAUCAUUAUUCGGGAUUUCCUGAGUGGGUUUUCUAAUUCGUCUAACUGCCUUCCGGAUUUAUUAGUGCCAAAGAUACUUCCAUCAUACGUCCUAGAAGAUGAACUCGAACCCAGGGUCACCUUGUGGGGUUCUCACAAUCACUGGCCAAAAAGC